AUGACUCCCCCUCCCCCUCACACUCGUUUUAAUGUUUUGUUUCGCAAUCAUCUAACAUAUCGUUCACGUUCGUUAAACCACGACGAGACUGAGCACUCUUCGUUGGAAACUGUACCUGAGGAUGGUCCCGACUUGUUGGACCGAACACGAAAUACCAAUGUGGAUCUGUUAGACGAGCCCGGGGUCAACUGCGUAGACUGCACUUCGUCCGACAGUGAUCAUUUCUCAGAUGAGCAGGCUAGUCCAAUCACAGCCGCAUCAUAUGGUAAGCGCAGAGUGUCGGAACCUAGCGAAGUUGAGAACUUUGCGGUUGGAGCACCGCGACUUUUGGCGGAAGCUCAUAUUUCUCAACGUCAAGUGGAUAUCUCAGACACCCAGCCUCUCUUUACGUCUUAUUGUUCUUCCUAUUAUCCAGUUCCCGGAUAUCCUUGUGUUGGUUUUCCGCUACUCUCCACAUUUUCGUCCACAUAUCCUACAUCGAUUCCUACUACCGUUGCUGCUUCUACAUCACCUGCCCACAAUACCCCUCAGCCGUCACAUUUAUGUGGCACCUCCGUAGAUGAUACCUCUAGCUGCACAGCAGCCUCCCCCAGACCUUCUUCCGGUAGUUACAGCCUAUCCCAGUCAACAAGCUCAUACGCUGACCGCACAACAUUAUCACCGGAGAGUGGGGGCUCUCCUAGUGGUAAUUCGGCUGUUGAUGUUGCUUACACUACAGUCGCCUCGACUUACCAAAUACUCGCAACCACCGCCACAUUGCUUCGGCCUCUCUCAUCCGCAGUUACAUCGACCAUCAUUGUUAUGGUCUCGAGCCCAUUGCCUCAACCAUCAUCAGUGCCUGACACCACUUCAAGGCCUCGAUUACCUGCGACCAUAGGCACCAUCAUAGGAGGAACUGUGGGAGCGAUCGUACUUCUAGCCCUCCUGAUUUUCAUCGUGCUGCGCCGUCGCAGGACACGACAACUUUCUGUAACACCUUUCAACCUCCUUUCAACCACAGGGCCAACGCAGCUUGAGUCACGGGCGGGGUUCAAGUUCCAGAGAGCCACCGGUGCUGUCCGUCCAAGCAGCAGAAGCUCAUCAUUCAUUCAAUAUUCCGACGCUUGCCUCGCAGAGUAUUCUGGGAAUAGAUCACCAUCAUGUGCUACAGAUCACAUAUCAUCUCACUUGGUUGAUGAUGCGAUCUCCGCAUCCAGCCUUGCCAGGCGCUAUCGGUCCCGUGAGCUAGAGAAGCUGUAUCCAUAUCCGUCUCACGUCCCCGCCUCAGAUCAAUAUCCCAAUCACAGAGUAGAAAGCUGGGUCGAGCAAAUGAUUACGGAUGGUUGUUCGCAAGACUCGAGUGAAGAACUGCCGGCUUAUCCUCGUUCGGUAGAAUACUUGAGGAGUAGAGAAGCAGACCAUGAUGAUAAUCGUUAUGUCCUUACCAGCUCUUGA